AUGUACUGUCAGAACUACGUAUUUUCUCUGUUUCGGCUCAUGGAAAAACCACCUCUCAGCAGCUCUUCGUUGGGAUUUCCAAUAGGCGUAAUACAAAUUCCGGUGUCAUUGUCCGGUCUUACUGAAGUGGAUGUUAAUGGUUUGCCUAGAUUACCCGUGUCAGUGACAUGGUAUGCAAGGUUUCGUCGGUUAUUACAUAUCAAACAUCAUAACUUGUGUCAGUAUCUCGAUGUUGUCAGAGAGAAGGGAGAAAUACUAUCAGUUGUAUGUGAGUACUACAGCACAAGUUUUUCUAGCUUCAGUGGUCCCGUCACUGACGUUAAUUGGUUAUCACAACGCUUUAGUGAAUGUCUAUCUGCCUUAUCUUUUAUGAGUGACAAUGGUUUAGUGCACUGUUGUUUGACUCCUGAUAUGAUUAUGCUUGAUUCUGGUGGACGUGUAAAAAUUGGAGGCUACGGAAUUUAUUAUGCUACAGAUUGGGGAAAUAUAGCUGAUUUUACCUUCCCCAGUCUCAUGUAUUCUGCUCCUGAGGUAUUUUUAUUUUUAUACAAUCAAGCCAAUAAUUCAUGUCAACCAGAACGUUCAACAAAAUCUGAUAUGUGCUGGACAAAUAUAAAAGCAGACGUAUGGUCUUUAGGCGUCAUAUUUUUUGAGACAAUAUUUGGUAGGGAAUUCACUAAUCCAUUACUUAAACUUCGGGGUGAAAAUAUGAAAGAAGGUGAAAUAAUUUCCUUGUAUCUAAGGGGUCUUUGUCAGGCGAAUGAAUAUCCAACAUUACCUGAAUUUUUACAACUUCAUCUGAAUGUUAUAUCUGCUGACCUGGACAUCUUGGUCCAGCUUAUUCAAUGUUGCUUAAAGUUCGAUGCAGUAAAGCGACCUAAUCCUAAAUGUCUUAUGAAGGAGAUCAACGAAUUACUGAAAACUGACUGUUACAUAUCUUCCGAUAUAAGUGGUGACAAAUAUUCAACUUCCUGGUGUAGGAAAAUAUAUAAUCAACCCAAGAAACGUGAAUUUCAUCCUCAAUUAUUCAGUUUGGAGCAUAACAAAAAUAAUAUUUUAAAAGCUUAUAAUUUUAUUAACAGUAUUGAAAAUUUAUCAGAACUUUAUUACUAUUGGAUGUUAACCGGUGGUAAAAUUCAUGCUACAUUAAAAGAUUCAAAAAGUAUUAUUGAUAAUUAUCAUCAUAACAGUUUCAAGCAAGAAUCAAUAAAAGAAAAAGAAACAUUAAUUGGCGCGAAUUCUCAAUGUUUAUUACCUCCAGUCUUGAGAAUUCCACAUUAUCUUGCUUCAGUACAACCAAAUGCUACACGUGCAAUAUCUUCAAAAGAACAAUGGCCGCUAGGUGAAAUUCCACAGCCACGUACAUUUCAGUUCCAAAUUACACCACUUUCCAAUGAAUGUUUUAUUGAACGUAUAUCGCAUACAUCUCUUCAUCAUUUAUAUCCCCUAUUUAUUUAUCAAGAUUUAAAAAUUAGUUCCACAGGAAAUUCAAAUGUUUAUUCUGCCUUGUACUCAGUUAAUAAUAAUAGUACUGAUCAUAUUAAUACUUCAUCUAACAGUUUAAUACCAAAUGAACAUACACGUAUGAUUCCUAAUUCACCCUUGUUUGAAGUGACUGAGAAACUUUCAGAUUUUUUAGAUUCAUUAUGCAAAAAUGAUUUAACCUGUAUUACCGGUGUUGAUUGGAGUAUGUCAUUUACAAAUAAUCAGUAUGAAUCAAUAUCACAACAACCAUUAUCAAUUAGAGAAACUGAUGUAGAUUAUCAAAUUUAUCGCACACGUUUAUUCACGCGAAUAAUCAAUGGACUACCCGCAACUAAACAAUAUCUUCGUUUAGAAGCACGUAAAGAUAUACCACCAUUUUUACGUUGGAAGGUUUGGGCUGCUUUACUCGACGUUUAUCCCAAUCGGGAUUUCGAAUCAGCUUACCUGAAGGCAUUGCAUAGAAUCAACAAGUUUGGCUUGGACGUAACACCUAUAAAUGAAUUAAAUAAUAAUAAUAACCUUAGUUGUGAUCUCUUAGAUGAAAAAGUCAUUAAUCAAAUAUCAGUUGAUUUACCACGUUGUCAUGCUUAUGAUCCAUUGUUGGCAUCAUCUAUUGGGCAAUCUGUACUUCGUCGUGUUCUACUAGCGACUUUAUUAAUGAAACCUGGUGCAUUGGAUUAUACUCAGGGUAUGGAUUCUGUAGCUGCUGUAUUUGUGCGUAUAUGUUAUCCAGAUGAAGCAUUGGCUGCUGCUUGUUUAAAUGCUUUUUCAUUUCAUGUACCUCGACUAGCUAUUCGAUUGGUUGAUAUUAAUGUGCCUUUGAUUGGAUUGACUACCGGUUGGAUUUAUACGUUAUUUGCUCAUGCUAUGCCAUUGGAUCGUAUAGAAUUACUAUGGGAUACAAUAAUUCCUGGUCCAGCUUCAUUGUCAAUGUUUUUCUACAUUGCAUUUUUUAUUCAGUUAGACAGACAAAUCAAUCUUGAGUUGUUAGGACUAGAAAAGAUUUGUACAAUUUUGUCGAAUUUUCCCGAUAUUAAUUUGGAUAAAUGUAGAACAGAUGCUUUAAAAUUGGCAUUGGCUACACCUCGAAGUUUAACAGCUUGGUCGAUUCCCAAUAGACAGUAUUUAAAUAAAAAAUUUAUGGAAAAUGAAGAAUUAAAAGUUGAAAACCUGGAUUCCGAAGGAAACGAAUCGUCAACUUCUGAUUUCUAUGAACGUUUAAAAUCACAGAAUGCAUGGCCAGAUCAUUUAGAAUAUGAUUUUACAGAAUCAUUAGAAUAUUCUAAUAUCGAUGUUGCAUCAAAUGUUUGUGAAAAACUAAAUAUAUCGUCAAAUGCUUUUAAAUUAGUCCCAUUACUCAGUUUUAAAGAUGCUGUGGUGCAUGUGAAACGUCCAGAUUGUCUAGUUUUAGAUGUACGUAAUAUCAAAGAAUAUAAUAGAUUUCAUUUGCCUAACAGUAUUCAUUGUGGGAUUUCCAGAUCUGUAAUGCGAGAUUCUUCAUCAAUAGGAAUUGAAGAAAGCAGCGAUAUAUCUUCAACUACCACUAGCUCUUACAAUACUUCCUCUCCAGAAAACUGGGAGGUGAUUGACUAUCCAAGUGGUAAUCGUAAUCGACCGCAAAUCAUACCAGAGUUUUUAGCCUUUCUUAUAAACCAAAAACUAUGGCAUCAAGCAACACAAGCUAGACAGUUAUUAAAUAUUAAAUCAAGUCAUGGAGUCACUAAGGAAUCGGUCAACACAGUAACACCCUGUUCACCUGGGCUCUUAAUUGUAUGUGGCAACGACGAGCGUCUUUGUUGGGAUCUAGCGUUUUGGCUCAUAAAAUGUGAUAUUGAUCGUGUUUGCAUACUUUUUAGUAGUAACGACAGUAUAUCAGACUUCAUAAACUUAUGUUCUCAAUAG